AUGGCCUCAAAGUUUCUGCGCGAAUACAAGCUCGUUGUAGUCGGUGGUGGUGGUGUCGGUAAAUCUUGCCUGACCAUCCAGCUGAUCCAAAGCCACUUCGUCGACGAGUACGACCCGACAAUUGAAGACUCAUACCGCAAGCAGUGCGUCAUUGAUGAUGAGGUUGCGCUUCUUGACGUGCUCGACACGGCUGGCCAGGAGGAGUACUCGGCCAUGAGGGAGCAGUACAUGCGUACUGGCGAGGGUUUCUUGCUUGUGUACUCCAUCACUUCGCGCCAGAGCUUCGAGGAAAUCACGACCUUCCAGCAGCAGAUCCUGCGUGUCAAGGACAAGGACUACUUCCCCAUGGUUGUCGUCGGCAACAAGUGUGAUCUCGAGGGCGAGCGCGAGGUCACCAGACAAGAGGGCGAGACGCUGGCGAGAAACUUUGGCUGCAAGUUCAUCGAGACAUCGGCAAAGUCGCGUAUCAACGUCGACAAGGCUUUCUACGAUAUUGUCAGAGAGAUUCGUCGAUACAACCGCGAAAUGCAGGGCUACUCUGGGGGCGGCAGUGGCAGUGGUGGUGCCAGCGGCCCUGCCGGCAAGAUGGAGAUGAGCGAGGGCGAGUCCGAAGCCGGCUGCUGCGCAAAGUGUGUCAUCCUAUAA